GCAAAACCCGCGCUAGUCGCGGCCGUCCCAGAUAGACCUUACCUUCUCUUCUGGCUACUUCCUGACGCCCUUUGUUUUGUGCUCUUGUCCAGUAGAAGACCAUUUUGUUUCUACAACUGCUCAAGUGUUAAUAAUACAAGAUGAAACAAGAUGCCACAAGAAGUGCUGCCUACACUGUGGAUUGUGAAGAUUAUGUGCAUGUGGUAGAAUUUAAUCCCUAUGACAGUGGGGAUUCAGGAAAUCUAAUUGCAUAUGGUGGGAACAAUUAUGUGGUCAUCGGCACAUGUACAUUUCAGGAGGAAGAAGCAAACAUUGAUGGAAUUCAGUAUAAAACACUGCGAACAUUUCACCAUGGAGUCAGAGUUGAUGGUAUAGCUUGGAGUCCUGAGACUAGGCUUGAUUCAUUGCCUGCAGUAAUCAAAUUUUGUACUUCUGCUGCUGAUAUGAAAAUUAGAUUAUUUAUUUCAGAUCUACAAGAUAAAAAUGAAUAUAAGAUUUUAGAUGGACAUUCAGAUUUCAUUAAUGAUUUGGUGUUUGAUCCCAAAGAAGGCCAAGAAAUCGCAAGUGUGAGUGAUGAUCAUACCUGCAGGAUUUGGAACUUGGAAGGAGUGCAGACAGCUCAUUUUAUUCUUCGUUCCCCUGGAAUGAGUGUGUGCUGGCAUCCUGAAGAAUCUUAUAAGCUGAUGGUUGCAGAGAAGAAUGGAACAAUCCGGUUUUAUGAUCUUUUGGCCCAACAAGCUAUUUUAUCUCUUGAAGCAGAACAGAUGCCAUUAAUGUCGGCACACUGGUGUUUAAAAAAUACCUUCAAAGUUGGAGCUGUUGCAGGAAAUGAUUGGUUAAUUUGGGAUAUUACUCGGUCCAGUUACCCUCAAGAUAAAAGACCUGUCCACAUGGAUCGAGCCUGCUUAUUCAAGUGGUCCUCAAUUAAUGAAAACCUAUUUGCAACUACUGGUUACCCUGGCAAAAUGGCAAGUCAGCUUCAAAUUCAUCACUUAGGGCACCCUCAGCCCGUUCUUACCGGUUCUGUAGCUGUUGGAUCUGGCCUUUCCUGGCACAGAACUCUGCCAUUGUGUGCAGUUGGAGGAGAUCACAAGCUGUUGUUUUGGGUGACUGAAGUAUAAAUAAAGUUUCUGUGUGUCUUGGGUCCAUAAACUUGUAUUUUCAUACAUAUUUUGGAGAAUUUCUUAUUUUUAUAUCAAAUAUACUGUAAGCUGUAGAAUCAGUUUUUGCUUAAUUACAUGCUUGAAAAAUUA